GCAACCAAAAAGAAACAACAACAACGUAAAAUAGAAAGAGCUGAUUGGAAAGAGGGCUUUAAAAAAAAGCAAGUCGGUGUAGCAGAUAUGACGAUGUUGAGUAAGGUUAAUAAUGAUGCAAUUAACGAGAAUCUAAAGAAACGAUUUGGAAAUCAUGAAAUUUAUACAUAUAUUGGACAUGUAUUGAUUAGUGUAAAUCCUUUUAAAGAUUGGGGAAUAUAUACUAAUGAAAUAUUGAAAAGUUAUACUGAAUCUGGUGCAGGAAAAACUGAGGCUGCAAAAAGGAUUAUGCAAUAUAUUGCGACUGUUAGUGGUGGCGAAUCUUCUUCAAUACAAGAGAUCAAAGAUAUGGUUCUUGCAACUAACCCUUUACUAGAAAGUUUUGGUUGCGCAAAAACUUUGAGAAAUAAUAAUUCAAGUCGUCAUGGAAAAUAUUUGGAGAUUCAAUUUAAUUCCCAAAAUGAACCUGUUGGUGCUGUAAUAACGAAUUAUUUAUUAGAAAAAGGACGUAUAGUUGGUCAGAUUGAAAAUGAAAGAAACUUUCAUAUUUUUUAUCAAUUUACUAAAGCCGCUUCGUCUGAUUACCAAGAAAAUUUUGGAAUUCAAGGACCUGAAAGUUAUUUGUAUACUAGUGCAAGUGGAUGUUUGGACGUAGAUGGAAUCAUUGACGAAGAAGAUUAUUCUGAAACUUUGAAAUCAAUGGAAAUUAUUGGAAUCACACAAGAUGAACAAAAUGAUAUAUUUAGAAUGUUAUCUAUAAUUUUAUGGUUAGGAAACGUACAAUUUGAAGAAGGUGACGAUGGAAAUUCGGUGAUUUCUGAUGAAAAUGUUACAAAUUUUAUUGCUUUUCUAAUGGAAGUUGAACCAGAGCUAAUGCACAAAGUACUAACAAAUAGAACAAUCGAAACAACUCGUGGUGGUCGUCGUGGUUCUGUCUAUGAAGUACCGCUUAAUCCUGUUCAAGCUUCAGCUGUUAGAGAUGCACUUGCAAAAGCAAUUUAUAAUAAUUUAUUUGAUUGGAUAGUUGACCGUAUAAAUUCUGCACUUCGUUCACGACAAAAGACAUCAUAUGUUAUAGGAGUUUUAGAUAUUUACGGUUUCGAAAUAUUUGAUGAUAACAGUUUUGAACAAUUGUGUAUCAACUAUGUCAACGAAAAGCUUCAACAGAUCUUCAUCGAAUUGACAUUGAAAGCUGAACAGGAGGAGUAUGCAAGAGAAAAAAUCAAAUGGACGCCAAUAGAUUUCUUUAAUAAUAAGGUGGUGUGUGAUUUGAUUGAAGAGAAAAGACCACCUGGUAUUUUUGCUGCUUUAAAUGACGCUUGUGCCACUGCUCAUGCUGAUUCUGAUGCUGCUGAUAGCUCUUUUGUGCAACGUCUUGGUUUCUUAUCAACGAAUCAACAUUUUGAAUCACGCGGUAGUAAAUUUCUAAUCAAACAUUAUGCCGGCGACGUGCUUUACAAUAUACCUGGAAUGACUGAUAAAAACAAGGAUCAAUUGUUAAAGGAUUUGUUGGAAUUAAUUGAUUCCAGUCCAAAUGAAUUCUUGCACACUCUAUUUCCAGAUCAAGUUAACAAAGAUAGCAAGAAACGUCCACCGACUGCUGGUGAUAAAAUCAAAUUGUCUGCUAAUGAGCUUGUUAAAAAUCUUAUGCAGUCUCAACCUUCCUACAUCAGGACCAUCAAACCUAAUCAGAAUAAAAGUCCAUCAGAAUACGAUGAGAAAAUGGUUUUACAUCAAAUCAAAUACCUUGGACUCAAUGAAAAUAUCAGAGUUCGUAGAGCUGGUUUUGCAUAUCGUCAAACCUUUGAAAAAUUUUUGGACAGAUUUUAUUUGCUUUCAAAGAAAACUUCAUAUGCUUCCGAGUAUAUAUGGAAUAGUGAUCAUAAAUCUGGUUGUGAAGUAGUUUUGAAAGAAUGUGGAGUUACAAAAGGAGAGUGGCAAAUGGGCGUAACAAAGAUUUUCAUAAGAAGUCCUGAAACGAUUUGGGCGCUUGAACAUCUUAUUGAUAGAUAUUGGCACAAUAUGGCAAUAAGAAUUCAACGAGCAUAUCGUAACUAUGUUCGGUACAAAAACGAAUGUGCGACACGUAUACAAAGGUAUUGGAGAAAAAACAAGGAUCAGAUAGUUUAUGUACAAUUACGCGAUUAUGGUCAUCAAAUUUUGGACGGUAGGAAGGAACGUAGACGCUUCAGUUUAUUAAGUAUGAGGAAAUUCAUGGGUGAUUAUUUAUUGGUUGGUGUUGAAUCUAAUGCUGCUAGUGGUAAUGAUAAUAGCGGCGGUGAAGCUAUAAGGAAUGCUUCAAAUGAGUCUGUUGUAUUUAGUAAUAGAAUUCAAUUACUUGUUUCACGUCUUGGUAGGUCGAGUAAACCAAAUCCCAGAUAUCUAGUUUUGACAAACAAAGCAAUUUACAUAGUGGUAUCGACAGUUGAAAAAAGAUUAUUGACACUAAACGUUGAAAGAACAUUGCCACUAACCUCUAUCGACAGAAUAAGUUUAUCAAAUCUAAGAGAUGACUGGGUGGUACUUCAUAUCAAUAAUCCAACAAAAGAACUUGGUGACGUGAUACUUUCAACAUAUUUUAAAACUGAAUUCAUAACUCAUCUACUCCAAAACUCCAACUCUAAACCUAAAGUGUCAAUAUCUUCUAAUAUUGAAUAUUUUAAAAAAAUUGGUAAAACUGCUACGAUAAAAUUUAUUAAAGAUGAAGUUGUUAAAAAGGACGAUGCCUACAAAAGUCAUACAGUUUCAGUGUCUUCAGGUGAACCACCAAACUCAUUAUCAAAUCCUCCUUGCUCUAGAAAAGAAACAUUUAGCAGUGGUAAAAGUAGUAAAGGCGGUGGUAAAAAUCAGCCACCCGCCAACCCAACUUACAAAGCAAUUUAUGAAUUCAAUACAGAGGAUGAAGGCGAACUACCAUUUAAGAUUGAUGAUGUGUUAGAAAUACUAGAGAAAGCCGAUAAUGGUUGGUGGCUUGCAAUAAAAGAUGGUGAAAAAGGUUGGGUACCAAGUAAUUAUUUGGAGGAAAUUAAAAUAUCCUCUAAACCACCUCCGCCUCUUCCACUACCUGCCAGACGUAAACAACCGCCAACCCCUUCUUCUUCAACUACUGCUAAAAAUAAUAACGACGACGAUGGUGAGACAACAACGGAGAAUAAAACACGGAAACCUUUUCAAAAUAAAAGCAGUAGUGGUGGUAAUCAACAACCAAUUGCUGUUAUGCCGGGAAUGAUGCCUAUGAGUAGUGAUGGUGUGCCUCCAUGGAAAGCUGCAUUGGCUGCUAAAAAAGCAGCUUCUAAGGAUGCAAAUGGUGAAAUCGAAUCAGCAAAACCAGCUGCACCACCAAGGCCUGGAGCUGGUUCAGCGAAUCGCAAAUCAUCAUAUGGCCCUUCUGCACCACCAAGACCUGGAGCUCAAAAUCUUGCUGAAAUUGUAAAUAUUUUUUUUCCUUUCUUUUAUGCAUCAUUUUAUAGUUUAAUCUAA